UGAAUUCUAAAUCCUACAAAAAUGUUUCAAUAUGUCUGUAGGCCUUUCUACCUCAAUCCAGACUUCCACGAUCACUCUUGAAGAUACACUUACCUCACCCCAUGAAACAGAGUGGCCCCCAGCUGAGGUUGUGCCAGUGGUCACCCCACCAAGCCUAGAAGAGGUGCAACAAGCAGUACAUGAAGCCUCUGAGAAGGUGGAGGGUGGCGCUGCUGAGCAGGUCCUGAAUGAGCUUCUGGAGAGGGUGGUGGAAGCAGCGCUGGGACAAGUGGAAGAGAAACAGGAUGAGUUGGCAGUGCAGGAAGGGGCUGCAGAGGAUGCAGUGGGGGUCGAAGACGAGACUGAAGUGGAAGUGUCUGAGGAGAUGGUGGUAGGGAUUGAUGCUGGUGCUGAAGAGGAACAGGAAGCUGAGGAGGGUGUUGGAGAAACUGUAGCUGAUCAUAUGGAAGAAGCAACAGUUGGUGAAGACACUGCCGGAACUGACGGUGUCAUUGAUAAAUCCGAAGAUGCCGAAGUUAGUCGGGAAGUUGCAGAAGAAACGGUGGCUACCUCAGAGGAGCUAGGCAAAGAUGUAGCAUUAGACAAUCAAAAGGCAGAGGACGGCAACAAUCAGGUUGUAAUGUUAGAUGGAAGAGUAGAAACAGAAACAACCUCAAUUGUUCAAGAGAUGGACGUUGGUGGGGAGCAGGACACUGGUGCAGACUCUGACCUAAGUGUAGUGGUUGAACAAAUAGGGACAGUUGCGGGGACGGACGAGUCUCUGCAGGAAGAAGCUCCACUAGGUGAGAUCGAAGGUGAGGCGAUCACACUGGCAUCUGAUAACUCUGACAUCGAGGCAAAACAAUCUGUGGUAGAAGAGGCAGCAGCUAGAGAAGAGAACUACACAGUGAAGGACGCGCAAAACCAAGAUGCGGAGCAAAGUCAUCUAGAGGAAGAAGUGGCUGAUAUUGAGAUGGUAGUUGAAGAAAGGGAGUCGAAUGGCGGUGAAAGUCAACAAGACAUCGAGCAAGAAUAUGAAAUGUUGGUCAACGGUGGGGAUGAGCAACAAACUGGGGUAGAAGCGGUUACAUCGCAGACUUCAAAUGACCUCAAAGAAGACCCAGAGCGUGACGAUGAUGCCGAAGCCUCCGUGGAGCGCAGGCCCAAAAAGCAGGGUCCUGCCGCCCGGGGGACAGCCCUCAGUGAGGUUGCAGAGAACGUCUUCACUGACCACGGAAAUGAGAGUCCCACCCCAACUGAUGACCUUUUGGCACGUGACCCCAACAUGGCCCGACCAACGCGAGGCUAUUUCGUCAAAGAUCUCCUGGCGAUUCCCCCUCAGGCGAGAGGAGAGCUGGUUGAAGAUACAGCCGGUGAUCCAGAAACAAAGGAUAUUGCCCUGGAGGCGUGGAAGACCGCAACAACAAUCGCUGCAGUAUUCUUGGUUUUCGAGACAGUCGUCAUAAUCAUCUAUUUCCUUAAAUGUCUUAACACAAACAGCCUGGCUACACAACGCUCGUGUGAGGAAGGGUGUGUUGAACCAGAGGUGACCACCGGAGGUGACAGCAGUGACGACACACUCCAUGCAGGAAAUGGGGACACUCAACAGUAUGUUAAAGGGACUCUACGCAGAGGGGCAGCGUGGGCCAAUUCAUCGGUCACGUGA